ACAAACGACUUCAUGUCAACUAGGUGCGCAGAGUGGCAUGAGACCGUAAUGAAAGGUGCAGGCAUGGUAACCAAAAUGUACGGCUUUCUUAUGGUGUACCCAACUUGCGUCCUACAUAUGCUCGAGGCAGAAACAGCGGUGCUUAUGCACGUGGUGAGGGCGCUGCGUGGCGAAGGCAAGCUGGAACCCAUCCUGGAAGGCGUCUGCGUCCUCUCCUUCACGGAAAUGGUCGCUAUGAAAGUGUGGCCGGCGUGGAUGAGCACCUUCGUAAAGAGCGACAACCUGGGGCCCUACGUCCACGAGGGCUUCCACGUCAUCCGCAAGAUAUCAGAGGUGAACAUAAAUUUACUCAAGGCUGGUCGCAUAUUCUCCGAUUUGCCAAAGGAUGAUUUGCCGGGAGCUUUAGAAUCACUACGGCACACUGUGGAAGAUCUUGUAGUGUGGGAUCCCAAUGAAAUAUGGAAAUUCAUACUAGACGAAAAAACACCGAAGUUGGAUGAAUUUUGGGAAUUGAUGUGCGAGCCUCCAGUGGUGGUUUUUGAUUCAGAUAAGAUAUGGCCAAUGACGGACCUCCCAAUUAGAGUUUUGGAUUGAUUUUUUUUCUUAUUUCUUUUUUAUGUUUCUGUUGUUGUUCAAUUGGAUUAAAAUUUUGAAGGAACCUUUAUUUUUUUUUACAAAACAAUGUUCUUAAUGUGGAACACAAUUUUG